AUGGAGCGGCUCUUCUGUGUGGUGCCAGUCGUGGCAAACAUCCGCCUGGAAGUCUUGGGACAGCGCUGUGUCUUUUCCUGGAAGGAGAGACGGAGCUUCCGCCCGUCGGCCAUCUCGCCGGAUCUGCUCCUCGAAGAGGCGGAUGAGGGCCUUCUCCAGGAACUACAAGAUGCGCAUGCCAGUGCAGCUUUUGAAGGCUUUGUGUUGCAUGAGGAGCAGCCGAACCACCGGGAGGUUUGGGCCUAUCGAGAUUAUUUGCCCAUGGAGCUGGCGAAGCUUCCGGCCACCGCGGAGGCUUUCGCGCCCCGGCGCACGCGGAAGGAGCGUGCGAACACCAUGGCGAGAGAGCUGAGCUCGCAAGACGAUCGGCGCCUACGGAUGCUCUGUUUGACCUGGAAUGUGGGCGCCACGCUGCCGCAGCGGGGCGCCUCACUGGAAGCGGUGCUGGAUGAGGAUCCCUCGCCAGAUAUUUGCGUCAUCGGCUUCCAAGAGACGUGCCAACUGUCGGCGCGGAGGUUGUUGGCCGAUGGCACCGAGUGGAAAGACUGGCAGAAGUGGGCGGACCAGAGCGUGAAGGAUGCCAGGGGACCCCGGGGAACCGGACCCCGGGAGCAGAAGUUCACGGUGAGUCGUUGGAGUUCGACGUCCGCAACGGCCCCGGUUGGGACUUCCGACAAGCUUCGAAGCACCACUCGAGACUUUGAAGACUUCACCUUUUCGUCGCUUCAACUGGUUGGUGGAUGA